CAAACUCUGACUCUUUGGAGUGUUGUGUGUUGUUGCUCUUGUUCUGUGCCUUCUGUUUGGAAACUUGGAAACCUUGACUAUCGGACUGUAUUUUGGAUUCUCUCUUUUGGAAACUGCUCAGGCAAGCUCGGAUUCAAAUGACUGGUCCAUCAACUCUUCCUACUGUUGCAAUGCUUUGUCAGCUAUGCCCUUCUCUCCGGUGCUGCCUCCUCCUCCUCUUCCUCUUUCCAUUAGCCUCCAGUUCUUCUUCUAAUGGGGACACAGUGGUCAUAACCAGCAAUGGCCCUAUUAAGGGCAAGCAGUUCCUGGCUGGCCCUGGAUCUGUGACAGCCUAUCUAGGCAUUCCUUAUGCCGAGCCUCCCCUGGGAAAGUUGCGCUUCCAGAAACCUCUUCCACAUCAGCCUUGGACUCAAACUUUGGAGGCCACCAGCUUUGGCAAUUCCUGUCCUCAAUUUAUUUUCCGGGAUGUCCCUGAAGGAGAGAUAUUUACUCCUAAAACACCACUGUCAGAAGAUUGCCUUUCCCUCAACAUCUGGGUGCCGCACCCACAACCUUCUUCACCAGUGCCUGUUUUGGUCUGGAUACACGGAGGAGGAUAUUUCAUGGGCUCGUCUUCUCUGGACAUAUACAAUGGGGCAUCCUUAGCUGCCACUGAAAAUGUCAUUGUGGUCACCAUCAAUUAUCGCUUGGGAGCCUUAGGCUUUUUUUACUUGCCACCAGCUGCUCCAGGGAACCUAGGCUUAUGGGACCAACAGCUGGCCCUGAAGUGGAUAAAAGAGAAUGCAGCUGCCUUUGGGGGAGACCCUUCUCGGGUGACCAUUUUUGGCGAGAGUGCUGGAGGAUCUUCUGUGAAUUUCCAUCUUCUUGCAUCAAAAAGCCAGGACCUUUUUGCCCAAGCGGUGAUUCAGAGUGGAACAGCCAAUGCCUUCUGGGCUUGGAGGUCUCCUGAGGAAGCCAAAUGGUUAUCGCUGGAAUUUGUUCAUUUGCUAGGUUGCUCUGAGGACAGCAAUAUUAGCAUACUGCAUUGCCUGGAAACAAAAAAUGUUUCUGAAUUUAUUCGGCAUGAAAUGUCUAUGAUCCUUAAAGGUGGCUUCCUUCUGAAUUUUCCCUUCAGGCCAACCGUAGAUGGGGAUUUUUUGCUUGGUGAUCCGGAGAAGCUCAUGGAGGAGGGGCAAAUUCAAGUCAAACCAGUCCUCAUAGGAAAAACCUCUGAUGAAGGAGCCUCAUUUGUCUCUUAUGUUUUCUCUAACAUCACCCACAAUCUCAUCAAUCAGAAGCAGCUUCUGAAAGGGAUAAGACUGCUAGUGCCAAAUGCAACUGGAGACCUUGUUCAGACAAUUGCCCUGAGGUACAGUGAAGGAAAUCAGGGCCCAGCAAAAUACCGCUCUGCUCUGUCCCAAUUCUAUACAGAUCAUAUCAUUGCAUGCCCCUUGAUUGAAGCUGCAAGAAAUAUCAGGAAAAUGGGGAAUGCUGUAUAUGCCUAUUUAUUCGCACAUCGCCCUUCAGGGUCAGUCUGGCCUGAAUGGAUUGGGGCAUCCCACGGUGCUGAGCUUUCUUAUGUUUUUGGGACCCCUGAAUCCGUGCUUCCUGUCAAUCAAACGUUCACAGAGGCUGAAGCCAGACUGAGCCGUAAGAUGAUGCAAUACUGGGCAGAGUUUGCCAGAACUGGGAAUCCUACUGGGUUGGUGGCCACCAAGGAUGAGUGGCCGCUCUACAAUGCCACAGAGCAGAAUUUCUUCCUUCUUAAUACUGAGCCAUUCCAGCAAAGGGCAAACGAGCACUGUGACUUUUUAAAGAGCCAUUUUUCAAAGGCUGACGAGCCACGAACCAAUCAAGACUUUUCCUUAAAGCCUGGGGAACUGAUGACAAGCUGUGCCAGAGAACCUUCCAGAAGUAUCCAUUGUCCUUUCAGAGACUGACUAGGGGAAACUUGGAAGACGAAUAAGGAGACAACUAAACACCACAUAAAUAAAAAUAAUAAACUGCUAGGUAUAAUUUGUUAUAUCUUGAUUUGAGACAGGCUUUUAAUUACCCCCCCCCAAAAACCUCUUGAUAAAUACUGUCUGAAUUAUUUGGAUAAAAAUCCUGUUAUUUUCACAAUGUAAACACUUGAUGCAAUAUGGAAAAACAAAUAAACAGAAAUC